UGUUACAAAUCAUUUAUUAGGGUGUGGGGAUCAGAUCAGAAAAUUAAACAGGAGUAAUACUAAAUUCACUGACUUUACAAAAGGGUUAUACACCCAAAUAGUAGUAGCCUACUUCCCUAUCCCUAAUAUGUCACUCAAAAAGUAUGUUCAGAAAUGAAUAAACCUCAUCUCCCUUUCCAUUUGCACAAUACAGUGUAGCAUCUUCAGUGGCACAUACAGCAUAUGAAACCUACCACCUAAAACAGAUGCUGAGCUGGUGUAAAGUUGCAGUAGCCGAUCAGAGACCUGGUGAAGACCUGCAGGACCUGCAAGGGACGGAGAGAGCAGCGCGUCUGCAUGGCUAGGCUGCUGCGUGUUGGCAGAACGCAAAAACUGCUUGAAGAGACUCGGUGAAUUUCACGGGGCGGAUUGUUGUAAAGUAACACCACAUUUCGGUCAAUGACUUUCUUUUUCAGGCAUCAGCACAGUGCUGGUAAAGUGUCCAGACCGAGAGCGCGUAGAGUCCGGCAUGUCCGAGAAGAGGAGCGCUGAACACCGCAGCUUUGAGGCUUUCCUACUGACAGCUCCAGCGGACCAGAUGGUGCCGAAAAAAUGACUCGGGCUCUCUCCAUCCUCGCUUACUUUUUCUCUUUGGUUCACUGUAGCAGUUGUGCUGACUCCGAGGAGCGUCUCAUGAACUGGUUGUUGGGAAAAGAUCGCUAUAAUCCACUCAUUCGCCCAGCUGUCAACAGGACCGAGAGAGUCACAGUGAAGCUGCAAGUGUCUCUGGCACAGCUCAUCAGUGUGAAUGAAAGAGAACAGAUCAUGACCACAAAUGUCUGGCUCACUCAGCACUGGGUGGAUUACAGAUUAUCAUGGGACCCUGCAAAGUACGAAGGUAUUGACAAGUUGCGUAUUCCCUCCAGACACAUCUGGCUCCCUGAUAUUGUCCUGUACAACAAUGCUGAUGGAACCUAUGAGGUAACAGUUUUCACCAAUGCCAUUGUCCUUUUCAAUGGCAGCAUCAACUGGCUCCCUCCAGCCAUCUACAAAAGCGCCUGUAAGAUCGAGGUCAAGCAUUUUCCCUUCGACCAGCAGAACUGCACCCUCAAGUUCCGCUCUUGGACAUAUGACCACACUGAGAUCGAUCUGAUCUUGAAGUCAGAGGUGGCCAGCAUGGAUGAUUUUACUCCUAGUGGGGAGUGGGAUAUCUUGGCACUGCCUGGUAGACGGACUGUAAACCCUCUGGAUCCUACCUAUGUGGACCUCACAUAUGACUUUAUCAUCAAGAGGAAGCCCCUCUUUUACACCAUCAACCUCAUCAUUCCUUGUGUGUUGAUCACCUCUCUGGCCAUUCUGGUCUUCUACCUGCCUUCAGACUGUGGGGAGAAGAUGACCCUCUGCAUCUCUGUCCUCUUGGCCCUCACUGUGUUCCUGCUUUUGAUCUCAAAGAUUGUUCCUCCCACAUCACUGGAUGUGCCCCUGAUUGGCAAGUACCUGAUGUUCACUAUGGUGCUGGUGACGUUCUCCAUCAUCACCAGUGUGUGCGUGCUCAACGUGCACCACCGCUCUCCCAGCACUCACACCAUGCCUUCCUGGGUCAAGCUGAUAUUUCUUGUUAAACUGCCCGCUUUACUCUUCAUGAGACGUCCACACAAUAACUCUGCACGCCAGAGGCUGCGUCAACAGCGGUGCCUACGGGCUAGAAGAGCCAUUUUGGGCCUGGGUUAUCCAGUUGCAAACAAAACAGGUAUCACCAUGUCAUCUUCUGCCCUGCUGUCUUCCGACUCUGCCUUCUCCACCCCAGGACACAAAAAUGUAGCUCCUCCACUGGACUACAGCAACCCCAGCAGGAAAGGAGACUUGCGUUCCACCGAUUACCUCCCAAGCGGUUUCCCUUCUGCCCAGGACCUCCAGCAGAGAAGCACUUCAGAUUGGGCUGCUGAUGUCCAGGAGGCGGUGAAUGGGGUUCGCUUCGUGGCUGAGCACAUGAUGGGAGAUGAUGACGAUCAGAGUGUGAUAGAGGACUGGAAGUAUGUGGCCAUGGUGGUGGAUCGUAUGUUCCUGUGGAUCUUUGUGAUAGUGUGUGUGGUGGGCACCCUGGGCCUGUUUCUCCAGCCUCUUUUCCAAAAUCAGAUUAUUCCCAACCAGCAGUCCAUCUCCGAGAUCCCUCGUAUCUGAUGAGCAAUGAGGAACAGUGCACAAGAUAAGGCUCUUCAUUAGCAAUUGAACUGUUAGGGUAAUUAUCAUACAACAGAUGAAGGCCAGUAGUAGUUGCAAAGUAUUUUUGGUGUUUGAUUAAAGCUUAUAGUACCAUAUUGGUGGGGUCCAAGAGCACUGACACCAAUGUCACGUGUGCCAAAUUUCACCAAUAAGGCACCUUAGUGGGUUAAACCAAACCAUAAAAAGUAAUCCUAGCACCAACCAAGUAUCCUACAGCAAUACUACCCUCUUCAUCUCCCAGUGUUUUGAGGAAAUGGUACAUCUGCAAGAGACCUAAUGAGACCUCAUUACACUGAGGUUAUUUCCCUUCAUAUCAACAAAAAUCAGCUCCAGAACUGGACUGAAUAUAGCUUCCUCUGCAGUGAAGUAUGCAAACAUGAUACUUGCUGAACUGUUGUUGGGACAAACCCAAUUGGACAGAGAUGUGAGGGACGUUUGUCUGCUGUCAGAUGUUGUUUUACUCCUUAUUUGUGAUUAAGUUAUAUUACCAUGUCAUUGAAAUGUGAUGUGU